AUGUCCAGAGGCAGUAGUCACCAACAGAGCCCGUCCAUUCUGGAGCGCUACGCUCAAACCGUCCCGCUGUCUGCAUCCUGCCAAAGCGUCCAAAAGCGUUGUCUGUUUCCAGACUGCACCAAGAUGUCCGUGAGCAAGGGGCUGUGCCGAGGUCACGGAGGCGGCCGUCGAUGCCACUUCGCAGGGGGUUGUACCAAAAGUGCUCAAAGCCGCAGCAUGUUCUGCUGGGCACACGGUGGCGGUCAGCGCUGCGAUAUGGACGGCUGCAUGCGGUCGCGUAAGACCAAACACUUUUGCGUCGCUCACGUGCGCCACGAAGCGGAGGGCGCCAGGAGCGACCAGCUACUUGCUGGCAAAAACAGUCGAGCACCUCACACGCGACGCAGCCGCUACGUCCCUGUGCCCACGCGAACUCAUCACCUGCCCUCGCAGAGGUUGCUCCCCAGCUUGGGCCAAGCGCUGAGCGCUGCGUCACUUUCGCUCCCGAGCUUCCCCAUUCUCCCCGAAGUCCGAGCUCGCUGCAUUGAUGAAUGA